AUGAUAGGCGGAGAAGAGAUGAAGGUGGGGAUACAAAGAGGUUCAAGGGGUGGAACAAUCCCUAGAUAUAGCCCUCCUCAUCGAAAAGGUAAAGAACAACCUUUCAUCAUGAGUCACUACAAUCCACUAUUUGAAACUAAAGUUGAAGAAAAAACUAGAAAUAGUGACAAUGGAAAUGAAAGAAACCGACAGCGGGAAACAAACCGUGGAGAAAAUAGAGAUCAGAACAAUACAAGACAUUGGAAUAAUGAAAAUCUAAACCAAAAUAACACAAGAAACAAUGAUAGGAGAAAUCAAAACAAUGGAGGGAGAAAUGAUAAUAAUCAAAAUCACAAUGCUAGAUACAAAGCACCUAUGACUAUUGAAAGAUACAGACAACUGGAUUUUAGUGGCAUAGUGAGAUAUCCAAAUCCUAUUCAGAAUGAAUUAAGGACAUCCAUUCCAAAAUUCACUGGAAAUGGGACAGAAUCAGCCGAACAACACGUGAUUAAUUUGAAAAAUACCAUUGAAGAGUUUGAGGUUCCUCGUGAAGAUGUGUUCAUGAAAUUAUUUGUGCAAUCCCUGACUGAAGAUGCUAGUGAAUGGUAUAGAGGCCUGCCUGACGGGCAGAUUGCAAGUUGGCAAGAUUUUGUAACACAAUUCAUUGAAGAAUUCAGAGAUCAUAACGAUACAUCAUUUGCCUCUCAUGAAUAA